GGAGGGCUGGAAGAGAAGGGAGCGCUGCAAACUGCGUGCAUGAUAGCACAGGAGUGCAGAGAGAAAGAGGGAGCCAGCUAGCAAGAAAGGUUUUCUGUUUUAGUGUUGUGCUUGUGCUUCAUUCAGAAAAAGAAAGGGGGCAGUCGAAAUACUUCUGACCGUUUUCAUGAAAGCCAUUAAGAAAACAGACCUGCUAGAGCCUUCAGAUUGGAAGGGAACAGAGCAAGCAUGAUGGCGAAGAAAGGAGAAUGAUCUGAAGACAGUGGCAGACCUCAGCACUCUUGAAACUGCUGUUUUCCCGACGCACAAAAUGGAAAUUACUCGCUUCUACUACUUACAAUAGGCAAAACUCAUGUCAGCGCUAUCUGGAUCCAGAGCUGCUUCUGCUGCUGAUUCUCCUGCGAUAAUGUGCUUUUAUCUGUGAGACACCUGAUCCGACUUGGCUGGAGAUCCAGAGCUGAACUCUAAAUACAGGCUCCUGACUGUAGGACAAACCAUGCUGCUGCACUGAGCCGGAGGGAGAGAGAGAGAGAAGAGAGAGGCCCCAGAGGAGCUGAGGUGCUGGCUGGCCUGCUGGUGUGCCCCUCCCCCUUGUCUGGCUGGCUACCUGCUGCCUCUUCAGUUCACCUGACUGCUUUCCUCACAGCCCCAUCCCAGAGGCUGAGGCUUGCUAUGGACUGCACUUCGCCCCCUGCUGCCGCCCUGCCCUGUACACUACCUUAGUGGGUCCCCCUCGCCUUCCUGUGAGUGGCUCCUGUCCAGCCUCGCUGUACAGAGUCCAGCACAGAUCUGGUACCACCUACAGCCACUCCCCCUGGGUCCUCAGCCCAACCCCCUCCCCACUCCCACCCUCUCCCCCUCCCGUAAGAAGAUGUCAGUGAGCCUGACAACAGACAUCCAGCAGGAGGGAGAGAGUGGGCCACUGAUCGAGCCCUGCGGUCGAGGCAAGACCUCCCCUCAACCACAGGGCACCAAAGAAGGAACAGGAGAGGGCCUGGAGCCUGAUGAGAGCGCCCCACAGGAUGCACAGAAACGGGCUCCCAACCACAGCCAUGGAAGGAAGAGGGGGAAGCCGAAUGCCAAAAUGAAGCUGGUACGGAGUCUGGCAGUGUGUGAGGAGUCCUCCGGUCCAUUUUCCAAUGAUGGACCUCCAGAAUCGGAUAUCAUCCAGCUUCAUAUCAGCUGCCCCUCUGACAAGGAGGAGGAAAAAUCUUCGAAGGACGAGUAUGAAAAUGAAGAGAAGGAGAAGAAGGACAAGGCUCCCCGGAAGAUGCUGUCUCGUGACUCCAGUCAGGAAUACACUGACUCCACGGGCAUCGACGUUCACGAGUUUCUGGUCAACACACUGAAAAACAAUCCCAGGGAUCGAAUGAUGCUGCUCAAACUAGAACAAGAUAUCCUGGAGUUCAUUAAUGACGACAAUAAUCAGUAUAAGAAGUUUCCUCAGAUGACUUCUUAUCACCGUAUGCUGCUGCACCGCGUGGCUGCCUACUUUGGCAUGGACCACAAUGUAGAUCAGACGGGGAAGGCGGUCAUCAUCAAUAAGACGGGCAACACACGCAUCCCAGAGCAAAGGUUUUCCGAGCACAUCAAGGAUGAGCGCAACAUGGACUUCCAGAAGAAGUUCAUUCUGAAGCGAGAUGAUGCUAGCAUGGACAAAGAUGAUAAUCAGAUUCGCGUGCCGCUGCAGGACGGGCGGCGCAGCAAGUCAAUUGAAGAGCGAGAGGAAGAAUAUCAGCGGGUACGAGACCGGAUCUUUGCCCGAGAAGUGUCCUUUUAUUUACAGUCCUCUCAAAACGGAUACAUAAACGACAACAGACUUUCCACCGAGGGCUACUGCUCUAGCUCUCAAAAGAGGAGGCAGAUCUUUAGAGGGAACCGCGAGAGCUCCAGCCGAGCGUCUAGCAGUCGCCAGAGCAGCACGGACAGCGACAUGAAGUGCCUGGAGCCACGGCCCUGGAGCAGCACCGACUCGGACAGCUCCAACCGCACCCUCCGGCCGCCCGUCACCAAGGCCAGCAGCUUCUCCGGCAUCUCCAUCCUCACCAGGGGCGAUAGCCUCGGCAGCAACAAAGGCUCGCAGGGAAGCUGCAAAGGUUCUCGCUCUGCCUCCCAGUCCAGCCGUAGCCUGCUUCCCUGCCCGUCUCAGCAGCCGCCGCAGCCGCCCCCCCAGGCGCCGCCCCAGGCUGCCCUGCUGCCCACCCCACAGCAGCACCCGAUGAGCAGCCACUUGAUCGCUCAGCCGGUGGCGUCUCUGCAGCCCUCUCAGCCUGUCUCCUACUCCAGCCCCUCCUGCCCCCAGGUUCUCCUGCCAGUUUCUCCUCCCCAGCAGUACACAAUGGGAGACGAGCUGGCGCCCCAGUUCACCCAGAUGACGCUGAGUCGGCAGGGCUCCAGCGAGAACCCCGAGCCUCCCCCGAUGUACCCGGCUCCUCCCACGGUGCUGUCGCAGCACCCGCCGCCUCAGACCAGCUACAUCAUGGCGACCACGGGUCAGCCCAUGCCGCCUCCAUCUGGCUACCAGCCCGCCACCGGGCACCCGCACCCUCCACCUCCGCCGCCUCCUCCAUCCCAGCCGGUCAUGCAGGCUCCUCCACCCCCACAAGGCUACAUGCAGCCCCCUCCGCCUCAACAGAUACAAGUGUCGUACUACCCUCCUGGUCAGUAUCCCAGUUCAGGCCAGCAGUACCGUGUCCCCCAGCCGAUGUCCCACCAGGUGUCUUAUCCUGCCCAGCGCACACAACCCAUGCCUCAGCCCACACAGCAGUCAGGUCUGCAGACCAUGAUGCCCAGCCAGCAGCCGAGCUACCAGGGCUUGAUAGGUGUGCAGCAGCCGCAGAACCCUGGCCUGCUCAGUUCACAGAGGACAGGUAUGGGAGGACAAAUGCAAAGCAUCAUGGUCCAGUACCCCCAGAUGCCAUCUUAUCAGGUGCCGGUGGGAAAUGAAACUCAGCAGGUGGUGCAGCAGCAGUACCAGCAGCAGGUGAUGGUACCUGUCAGCCAGUCGGUCCAGGGGCCCAUGCCUGUCUACUACAGUGUUAUCACCCCCACACAGCAGAAUAGCACAAGCCCGUCGGUAGGUUACCUGCAGCCCCCCAGCUCCGAGCAGUAUCAGAUCACACAGUCGCCGUCCCCGUGCAAUCCUCAACAGCUCCAGCAGCAAUAUUCAGGAGUUCCUCCUCCUGGUCCCGGGGUGAUGGUCAUGCAGCUCAGUGUCCCAAAUGGACCACAGCCUUCCCAGAAUCCCCCUCUCGUCCAGUGGAACCCCUGCAAGUACUACAGCAUAGAGCAGAGGCCCAGCAAGCCCGGAGAGCUCUACAAACCUGACAACACUCCACAGGCCAGUACUCAGCUGACGAGUCCCCUGGCCUCCCCCACCCAGUCUCCCACCCCGUCUCCCUCAGGCAGCGUCAGCAGCGUCUGUCCGGGCCUGGGUCCAUUGCCGCUCAUUUCCCAGUUUCCCCGGCCGGGAGGACCGGCUCAAGGUGACGGCCGCUACUCUCUGCUGGGGCAGCCCCUCCAGUACAGCCUGUGCCCCCCGCCCCUCAUGCACGGCCAGUCCUCCUACAGCUCCCAUCAGGGCCAAGGAGUAAUGAAACACGGAGCACGAGGGAAAAAACAAACGCUCAAGUCCGCGUCGACGGAUCUCGGCUGCACUGACGUCGUGGUGAGUCGGGUUCUGGAGGUGACAGACCUGCCGGAGGGGAUUUCACGUCCGGAGGCCGAGAAGCUCUUCAACCAGCUGUCGCUGUGCGGUGCCAAGAUCCAGUGGCUGAAGGAGCCCCAGGGGGUGCGAGGGGGACCGGGGGUCUGCGGGCCCUGCCCCGGCGCGGGGGCCACGGCGGGGCCCGGGGCCGGCCUGGUGGGACCCGGGGGGAUGAAGGGCGACUGCGGCGACCCGGCCCACCUCUACACGGUGGUGGCGGUGUUCCCCAGCACCAUGGCCGCCCAGAGCGCCUCUUUCAAACUUAACAACAGCGGGGCCAGCCUCUUCAAACUGAGGGCCGCCAAAAAGAACUACGACCUCCGCGUGCUGGAGAGGUCCAGCUCUCAGUGA